UCCAAACCUGAGAGGAUGACUUCAGAUGGAGCAUCUCCAUUGCCUGGACCAGAUAUGACCAUGAUACCUGGCACCGCCCUAUCUCCCUUCAUGGCACUUCCCUUUCCCCCACCUGCUCCUGGCCCACCAGACCAACCACCCUGGGAGCUGCCUGCACAGCCCCCUAUGCCUUCAGCUUUCCCUCCAGGCAACUCUUUGAUGCUCUCCGCUUUCCCUAGCCCAAUGUUGGUGACAGAGGAUGGGGGCCCUGGCCACAGUGGGGCUGGAGCUGGCAAAGUCAUUGUCAAAAUCAAGACAGAAGGGGGGCCAGCUGAGGCCUCUCAAACUCAGAACUUGAUCCUUACUCAGACUGCCCUCAGUUGGAUUGCCUCAGGUGCUCCCUCUGGGGGCCUCGAAGGUCCUCCUCCUCAGUUUGUGACAACUUCUAACAUGAAGACCUUUCUAGCUACUAAGGCUGUUGGAGUGAGCCAGGAGGGCCUCCUAGGCCUUCCUGCUCAGACUCCACCGUCAGCUUCCCAACUGGCUCUCCCUGUGUGCCCGGAAAACGCUUGGCCUGUGCCACAUGGGGCAACUGGAGGAGGUCUGCCAGCCACCCAAUCCCAGCCCUCACUGGGUGACCUCUCCUGUACCUCCAAGGGUGUUUAUGAGAACUUCCGACGCUGGCAGUGCUACAAAGCCUUGGCCCGGAUGCACUUAUCCCAGAGUCCUGAUGCAGAAGCUCUUUCCUGCUUUCUUAUCCCAGUGCUUCGUUCCCUGGCCCGGCUGAAGCCCACUAUGACCCUGGAAGAGGGACUGCCAAGGGCUGUGCAGGAGUGGGAGCGCACCAGCAACUUUGACCGGAUGAUCUUUUAUGAGAUGGCAGAAAAGUUCAUGGAGUUUGAGGCUGAGGAGGAGAUGCAGAUUCAGAACACACAGCUGAUGAGUGGGUCCCAGGCCUUGCCUCCUGCAGCCCCUCUGAAACUUGAUCCUCCAGGGCCCCUGGCCCCUGAGGUUUGUCAGCAGCCAGUGUACAUUCCUAAGAAGGCGACUUCCAAAGCACGGGCCCCCCGCCGGCGGCGGCGCAAAACCCAGAGGCCUCCAGUUCCUGAGGCACCCAAAGAGAUCCCACCAGAAGCUGUGAAAGAGUAUGCUGACAUCAUGGAAGGGCUGAUGGGGAGUCACUUGGCCACUGGGGAGUCAGAUGGAAGACAGGAAGAGGAAGAAGAGCAGCAGCAGGAGGAGGAAGGGAUGCAUCCAGAUCCAGACCUCCUGAGCUACAUUGAUGAGCUGUGUUCUCAGGAGGUCUUUGUCUCCAAGGUGGAAGCUGUCAUUCACCCUCAAUUUCUGGCAGAUCUGCUGUCCCCAGAACAACAGAGGGAUCCUUUGGCCUUGAUUGAGGAGCUGGAGCAAGAAGAAAGACUCAGUCUUGCCCAGCUGGUCCAGAAGCGACUCCUGGCCUUGGAGGAGGAAGAGGAUGCCGAGGCACCUCAAAGUUGCAGUGGAGUUCAGUCUGACUCAAGUCCUUCCUUUUCUGACGAGGAUGAAGAUGGGGGUGGGAGACUUCGGCCCUUACCUGGGGUUCGGGUGGCUGGGGGCCCCGUUCACCUUGGAAAGGCUGCUCCUCCAGGAAAGAGGGCAAAAGAAACGCAUGGUGGGCAGGAACGGGCCCCAGAUGGCCUGAAGGGAAUGCACAGGGAUGGGAACACCCUGCCAUCUCCCAGCAGCUGGGACCUGCAGCUAGAACUUGCAGCUCCACAGGGAACUCAAGGGUCUUUAGGUACGAAGAGAAGAGGGCCUGGGAAGGUUACAAACCAGAUGUCCCCACAUCAGAAUGACCUGGGAGGUGCUGGGUCCCCUGGGCAUGACCUAGUGGCUGAUGGGACUCCUGAGGCUCUGCCCCUUUGCUGGCAGGGAGGCCCCCAGCUUGAGAUGGUUCCCAGUUUGGAUGUUGGACUUGCAGAGCCGGCUCCUCUGCAAGAACAGAGCUUAGAAAAGCAGGUCCUGGGAUUGCAGACAGGACAACAGAUAGCGGGUCUUGGAGUGCCGUCUCAAGGGAAUGAGCUGUUUGCAGUGCCCCAGGAAGGCUCUUCAGGAGUCAUGUGGGGAGAUGACAGAAGUCCUCCCAUGGUUCAGAGUUAUGAGCAGAGCCCUUCUAGAGCAGCUGGGGACGGGGAUGGGGCUUCUCUCAGUCCAGGACUUUGGCUCAGCAGUGAGAUGGACGUCAUAGGCUUGGAGUUGCCCUUACAAAUUGAGGAGGUCACAGAGAACUUCUAUGAUGGGGAAUGUGUACCUGAGCACCAGGGAAGCUGCCAGGUACUGGGCUCCAGAAGCAACAUUUCUCUGGGUCCUGGAGAAACCACAAUACUUGGGGAUGUGGGAAGCAGUGCAAAUCCCUAUGGAAGCAUAGAUGCCACAGCUGCCCUAGAAAAGAGAAACCAUAGCUCAGCCUUGAGGCUUAAAGAAAAUCAAGACCAGAGCCUUGAGACUAUACAGGAGCCCAAUGACCUGUGGGCUGACAGUUGCCUUCUGUCACUAGAAAGCAGUAUUGAUGGCUCCACAGUGGUUUCCAAAGAAACCCUCCUGCCUACCUGUCAAGGCAAUAUCCUUAUCCAGGGGACCCAGGAUGCCUCCUUCUUCCCUGAAGCCAGCCAGGAGGCAGGGAGUGGCAAUUCCAUGUCCUCACUGUUGGAAACCACAGACCACAGCAACAUACUAGACGUUAGAGAUGACUGUGGCCUCCAGCUAGGGGUCAGCGAGGAGACCUGCCCACCAAAUUUUUAUUCUUAUGACCCCCAAGGAGAGGACACUGAUUUGCCCAAGCCUAAAGACCUUUCUCCUUUACCAGGGAAUCAAGAAUCUUAUGCAUACGGGACCCCCAGAUCCACAUCUCCCCAGGGCCUGGGGAGCACUUCCCCUCAAUGGGGAACCAGGGAUGCCUUAGGUCUGAAAGAAGCCUCUCUUGGUAGUGAAACAUGCAGUUCAGCAGAUGUGGCCAAAGCAAAGGAGGAGGCGGGGGAGGAAGAUGAGGAACUCUCCAACUUUGCCUACCUCUUGGCCUCCCAACUGAGCCUGUCACCGACGGGUCCUGCUCUCAGUCCUCACCCUGUCUCAGGCCCGUCGUCUACAGGUCAGGAGGCCCAGAGAGCAUCCCACUCCCUCUCUGCUGAGGCAAGAGGCCUCGGCCAACCUCCAUAUGUUGUUGCCAAGUCUAGGAAGCAAGCUCUAGUUGGAGGUCCAGUCCCUGCUGAAAAGAGGGCCUACCUGGGAGCUAAACUUGAGGUCUCUGGGGAGAAACCUCCGGUUCUCGGAGCAGUUCGACCCUCACAGGCCCCUAAGAGAAGGCGUGACAGUUUUGUCACGGGCAAAAGGAAGAAACGACGUCGUAACCAGUAGGGAACAGCAGGACCAUCCUAUCCCUCAUGCCAGUCCCUAAAGCAUCACCACUCCCCCCUUCCCUCCCUCCCCCAUUCCUGGGUUUCACCCCAGCCGCAUACCAAGCAGGGACUAGUUCUUAACCAUUUUGUGGUUCUGUAAAAGUGGUGAGUGUGGGGGAGGAAGUUCAGACAGGCCAGGUUGGCAGUGGUGCCUUGGGUGGGAGGUGAGGGGGAAGUACCUUUGGAAAAAGUUGUAUGGGGAAAAAAAUCAAUAAAGAUUUUGUUGUUAGAAAAUACUCUCACAUGUGCUCAUUUAGGUGGGGUAGGAUGCUGUAAAGAAAAGGUGGGGUGGCCCUGGAUUUUACAGAUUGACACCUUUCCAGCCUCAUCUAGGUUCCGAGAAGCCCCAGCACCGAGAAGUCCCCAGCGAGCACUUCAUUCCUCCUUUCAUCAAAGGGCUGGACUUGGCUGUUGGGAGGGCUUCUCUGGACAGCCUGUCAUUAUCUGUCUCCCUUUAAAAGUCUAUACAUGUUACGAGAUGCUCUGUUUUUUACCUGUCAAAUUUCUGGGAUAGGUAUCUAAUUUUCUAAGUCUAAUUUUCCAUAAUUGUGUCUAGACAUAGCACCUUUCUUUAGGAGAGCCUUGUUUUCUUCUUCCUUGAAGAGAGGCUGGACAGAAGGGAUUUCAAUGUCCUCAACUCACCCCAUAGCAGAAAAACCCUCCUGUGUGGCUGGUCUGAGAGGAGGCAUCAGUCUCAGUAGGAUAUUAAAUAUGGAAUGGUAAUUAGCUAGUUUUUAAUUUCUAAUGAGGACAGAACAAGAGGGAAUAGGCUGAAAAGAGGUUCAUGAGGAAGCCUGUUAAAAUGUGUGUAUGUGGGGCAUGAUAACACGAGGGAAGGAUAUGAGAGUCGCACGAUUUCUGUGCAGGAAAGCACCCUGUCCAGCUGCAAGUGCAGAGGAUUCAUCCAUGGACAAGAGUAUGGACCUUGGGAACCU